UCAGUUACUUUUCGUUAUUAAAUGUAAGUAAAUCCUGCUUACUUGCUGAGACUCCGGCUCAUCUUUUUCUCUUUCUUUUUUCCCUUCCAGAUUCUCAUCGCUACCAUUAAACUCACACUGCUCUGCACGUCCCCUGCAACAACGGACCUAGCUGCCUACCUACCUAAAGACCAGAGGGAAACGUAUCAAUAGAUGGUCGUCAUACAUGCUGCAAACUAAGAGCUCUUGGACACCGUUAUCUAAUAAAGGUGCAAAUAAAAAGCUCUUUGAGGAGAGGAAAAGCUUAGUUUUAUCGUGGUUCACCAAAUGGUCUGAAAGUCAAAGAGAACUGGUUCUAAUAAGCCUUCUUAACUUAUGCAGUCAGAGACAGCUGGAAUCACUUUCUCAUUAUGUUGAAGACAGAAUACCUGUGUAUCAAGUCGAUUUUACAAGGACACUACCGCGAGUUUUAUGCAUUUAUAUAUUUUCCUUUCUGGAUCCUCGAAGUCUUUGCCGUUGUGCUCAAGUUUGUUGGUAUUGGCGGUAUCUAGCUGAAUCAAAUGAAUUAUGGGCAACAAAAUGUAUCAAACAUGGAUGGGAUUUAAUUGCAUCACAAAGUCAUUGGGAACCAGGAAUAUGGAAAAAGCAUUAUAUUCAAAAUAUUCGUUAUCUUCAGUUGCAUAGUAUUUCAAAAUCAUCCAGUAAAGGUGAUAUAGUGGAAAAAUGUUCAGAAAAACUGAUAUCCAAACAAUCUGAAUUAGUUAACUUGUUAUAUAAUCACAUAGAUGGCUGUGUUAAUGACAAAAAUACUCCAGAAGAUGGAAAUAUUGAUAAUCAAAAAAAAAAUGAAAGUUUUAGUAGAUAUGAAAAGUUCAACUUGAAAAAGAAACAAAUCAGUUUUGAUCCUUUAUCAGACAAGGAUAGAAUAGAAUAUCUAAAUCGAGAAAUAACAAUGAAUGGUAAAAAUAAUAUGGAACCAUGGCGAGUACCAAGUCGUAAACCAACUGAAACGCAUCGUUUGAAUUAUUUUGAUAAUGAUGUAGGAGUGAUCAAAGUUUCUGGAAAUGAAAGUAGAAAUAAGCGUAGUAGCAGUGCUGGGUCAAAAAGAUAUUCCAGAACAUUUAUUUCAAAUACAUAUAAUACUCAUAAAUCUACAGAAGUAACAUCCAAUAUUGGUGAUAAUUAUCGUAUUUCACAGCCUCAUGAUAAAAAACAAAGUGAAACUACACUGGAAUCAACUAACCAAAGUAGUUUGCUGUUGACCAGACGUUAUAGUUUUGCACUAACCCCUUGGAAACCAACAUCACCUCAUCCAUCUAGAUCUUAUCGAAUUGGUGUAAAGGAAGAGAGACAUCAGUAUGACUCAUUUAAAAAGUAUAUUCAUCAUAAUAUAAUUCAAGAAAGAAGUGGAAAGAUUGGCAAGAUCUCUGGAAGUGAACCUGAAGUGAUUAACUUGCACAUGAAUAAUUCGAAAGCUAGCGAAGCAAACAAAUCAAGCGUAUGGAGCGAUGAAAACAAGGGACAGAAACAAGAAAACAGUGAAAAUCAAAGAAUGGAUAUCGCUUGUUCUGGAGAUAAACCAGUUGCAUCCUCCAGAAGUUCAAUUCCAUCAAGUUCAAAUGUUAUAACUGACAAAACACCACCUGAAGUAAAGCAGUCUGGUACAGAUAACUUAAUCAGUAAUGACAGAGAGGGUGAUAGGAACCUUCUCAAUUUCUCAUCAUCUCCACCAAUAUCAAUGCCGUCUAAAGAAUCGACAACGCCAUUAGUGGACUACUACUCAUCAUUCCAGCUUGAUAAUGACAUUCAAAAAUAUACACAGUUGUCAUCAUUAUCAUCAUCACUGCAACCAACAGGGACAUCAUUGCUGGAAAUGAAAAAGACACUGUCACCUGAACCAAAACCAAGAAAACUAAAUUGUCUAAGUAAUCAUUAUAGUGAAGAUUUAAUUCCACGAAUACUUGUUUUAUCAACACCGGAUAAUAAUAAUAGUAAUAGUAACAAUAGUAAUAAUAAUAAUGGUAAUAAUAAUAAUAAUAAUGAUAAUAAUAAUAAUAAUAAUAAUAAUAAUAAUAAUAAUGGUGAUGAUAAUUAUCAAUGCGAAGGAAUUUCAAAGAUUAAUUUACAAUCUUCAACAGUUUAUUCUGAGUGUACAAAUAAUAAGGACUAGCUUUACUAACAAUGUCAACACUUUGUUUAUAUUCAUACAAACAAUUAUUAUCAGCUCAUCAACAUAUAUGUUUUAAUAAAGUUUUAUUGAGUUUCAAUGAAUCAUGGGACAUUGUCAUACAAUUCUAUCACUUGGCAAAUUUACAGAGAGAGAGAACAGCAGUUUUUAACAGAAUAAAAUGGAUUCAUUUCAUUUUGCAGUUUCUCAUCAGCUGCUAAAACAAUUUUAACAUCAAACUUAUACAAAAUGUUUGCACAUUUGAAUCAGUUUGCUAAAGAAUUACAGGCUUGAAAUAAAGAUAACAAUGAAAUGAUA